AUGACUGCAGGAUUACCAGAUGGUGGAAUGAAGCUCAAGCUAAUGGAUAUGGUCAUAAAAAACGACGGAACCGGUGGGAAACUCAUCUUCCCCAUCUUCAAAAUCAGUAAGACAAGAAUACACUAUGGAAGCCGAUCCGGCAUGGGUGGUCGAAUCAGCUUGGAAACGAACAUCAAAGAAAAUCCGUCAUUGCAAAGGUUUAGUGGGCAGGAGUCGAUUUCAGACAAUGAUCCAUUCUGGAACACACUUCUUUCGUUCAAUUUAAAGAUCGACGAUUAUGACACAGCAGAGGCGAGAGCGUUCGACGAGUCAUUAAAUGACUUCUUACAAUCGCUUAUGUAUAAUACACAGACUACUGGGAACUUCGCUGCUUUCAUUAAAGUCUUUCUUCGCCGUUCAACUGAAUUAAAGACGUCUGAACAAUAUGAAAAUAAAAUAUAUUUAUGGCAAACUGCAAAUGCCUUAAUUAUUCUGCGAUAUGUUUGUAAAUUUUUGACGCAACGUAUGAAUGAGAGUGAAUUCGUCAAAGUUUUUGCAAGUUCUGCUUCUCUUCCAUCUUCUUCCGCUAGCUCCUCAGACGAUGAACCAGAGACAGUAGAAAAUGAAUCUGAUACUGAUGAAAUUUAUUGCAAUACGGCGGAGAAGCUGCUCGAUACCCUUAUUGUUAUCCUUGCAGAUCUUUCUGUGAAUGAAAAUACUAUGGCUAUACAUGUCGAGGCUGUGAAAUGCUUGAUCACAAUGCUAAGCUCACAGUUGUAUAAUGAUACUGUGGCCGAUACGUCUGUGGUAUUCUCAUAUUUCAUCAGUGGAGCAUGUAGCAAGCGAGCUGCUGUUUUGACCAAAACAUUGCUGAAGAACUAUCUACUUCACAAUAGCGAAUACCAUCCAUUGAAGAAGAAAGAAGGAGGGAGCAUCGUUUUGGGAAUAGCUAAUUCAAUCUGGUCCAUAGUGCAGUCCGCUACUGUUGGUGAAGAUGAAUCGGAAGACGUUGAGGAGCAUGUGGUCACUCUUGGUAGUCUAAGCAUCCUUCUGCUCCUCAAUCUGGCAUGCCAUCAUCCAGCUAAAGGCUGCAAUCCCUUCAAAGAAACGCUUUCUUUAUUCCAGAACUCUCAAGAAGUAUCUAGUCUCACUACUGAUAAAACCACCUUCAAACUCGACUAUAACGCGCUUUACGAACGGCUAUGUGCCACAGCUCGCCAGGAACCUCCCAUGUUAUUGCUUUAUCUGUUACUGCAUCGGAACUCGGGAUUCAGGAACUUUGUCUUGUCGAGGAUCAAUCUGGAGAAUUUGGUGAUGCCUGUAAUCAAAAUCCUCUAUGAGGGAGUGGCAUCAUCAUCAACAAACUCACAUCAUAUGUAUCUGGCUCUAAUUGUCAUGCUUAUUCUUAGUGAAGACGAUUUCUUUUGCAAGAUCAUACAUGAAACGAUGAUUCAUGACGUUGACUGGUUGGAAAGUGAACACCCACUUAGGGAAAUAUCUCUAGGAGGACUUUGUGUCUUGGUAUUCGUGCGGACCAUACAUAAAAAUGCUAUUCGUGUUAGAGACCGAUAUCUCCACACCAACUGUUUGGCAGCCUUAGCUAACAUGUCAUCUUGCUUCAAAAAUCUUGCUCCAGUUGUGUGCCAGAAAAUAAUUAUUUUGUUGGAGUUGCUUACCAAGCGACAUGUAAAAAUGGUGGAACAUAUGCGAUUGGCAUCUGAGCAAGAGUCUUCGGAGGGACAACUAGAAUACCACGAUGACGUCACUGCAUUGGAAGAAGGUAUACGAACUCUGUUAGAAAUUAUCAACAGUGCGCUUUGUGGUAAUCUUCGUAACAAUCCCCACCUGAUUUACACUUUGUUGUACCAUCGCAGCUUAUUCGACUCAUACCAACAACAUCCCAUGUUUCAGGAUCUACUCGCUAACAUAACACUCGUGAUAUCGCAUUUUUCGUCGAAGGUGGUCCAUGUUAAUGCGGGAGAUGGUGCAGCCAUGAUGGAAAUCAUUGAAAAGGAGGCCAUGGUAUUGCCAACAGAUCGACUAGCCAAAUUCCCGGAACUACGGUUCAGAUACGUCGAAGACGAAAACACGGUAGACUUCUUUGUGCCAUAUGUAUGGCGAUUGACAGUGCAGCACUCUAGCAUCCCAUUUGAAGGCUCUAGGGUUAAACUUUUCAACGCUCGUAUGAUAUCUACUGCUGGUUAAUAAGCUUUCAUUGCCUAAAUGUCUGUUGAUUUUAGUCUCUAAUCUUCUAACAUGUACACUGUGAUACAUUUUCUCGUCCUUAAACGUGCAUAUUAAAAUAUUAUUGAAUUUUUUUCUAACUAGCAGCAAAUAUGUUUCGAUUUCUACUAUGGGUAUGCGCUUAAGACAAUUUUUUCCGUCGUUUAUACAUAGUUUUCUGCAUAAAGAUGGCCAG